CUGCUCCAUUAAGGAAACUAAACACACUUUUUUCCCCUUCCCCUUUCUCUGUUCAAAGAAAUCCGCCCGCCUUAUCUGUCAUCUUCAAUACAAAUACUAAUAUUCAAUAUUUGAAUUGUCAGAUCUCUUUCUAUGUUGAAUCAGAUCUGAAUCAUUUCAUUUAAAUUUCGUGCAAUUGGGGGCAUCUUGCAUUUCACAUUGUGCGAAUUCCAUGCAUUCAAAUCGUGAUAAGGAGGAAAUGGACGGUGGAGGAGAAAUUGAGGGCGCGGAUGAGAAUGAGUUCGCACCAGGUAGUAGUAGGGGUGGACGAAAGUACAGUCCAGUGGUGGCGCACGAUAAUGAUCGGGCCGUUUUGGAGAUGUCCUCCAUUGAUCCUCGAUCCUCUAGACAAGAUCUCAAGAAAGUGAAAGUGAGUAUGCAGCCAGAUGUGGCUUCCGAAGAAAUAGAAGGUUCAAUGCCAAAUCACAGCGUCAACGGUCCUCAGAAAGAAUCCAAACUGGAACUCUUUGGCUUUGAUUCUCUUGUAAAUAUUCUGGGUCUCAAGAGCAUGACAGGGGAUCAAAUUCAAGCGCCACCUAGUCCAAGAGAUGGUGGGGAUGUAACUAUCACCCUUGAGCGGCCCAGGCCUACUGCUGUCAAGUCUGGGACAUUGAUGGGAGUCUUCGUGCCAUGCUUGCAAAAUAUUAUGGGAAUCAUCUAUUAUAUUAGAUUUUCUUGGAUUGUUGGUAUGGCUGGGAUUGGUGAGUCGUUGUUGCUGGUUGCUUUCUGUGGAUCUUGUACUUUCCUGACCACAAUAUCAUUAAGUGCUAUUGCUACCAAUGGUGCCAUGAAGGGUGGAGGACCUUACUAUCUCAUUGGUCGUGCUUUGGGUCCAGAAGUUGGUGUUAGCAUUGGGCUGUGUUUUUUCCUGGGAAAUGCAGUUGCUGGAGCAAUGUAUGUAUUGGGAGCUGUGGAAACCUUCUUAAAUGCUGUACCAGCUGCUGGUAUUUUUAAAGAAACUGUCACAAAAGUUAAUGGUACAGCUAUUGCGGAGCCCAUUACAAGGCCAAGUUUGCACGAUCUGCAAAUUUAUGGGAUUGUCGUGACUAUUCUUCUCUGCUUCAUAGUUUUUGGUGGUGUAAAAAUGAUUAAUCGUGUCGCACCGGCAUUCCUUGUACCUGUUGUAUUCUCAUUGAUCUGCAUAUUCUCUGGCAUCCUUUUGGCAAGGCAUGAUCGUCCCGCAGUUGGAAUCACGGGGUUGAGUUCGGAAUCUUUCAAGGAGAACUGGGGUCCUGCUUAUCAGAGGACUAACAAUGCUGGAAUUCCAGAUCCUAAUGGAAAAAUAUACUGGAAUUUCAAUACGUUGGUAGGUCUCUUUUUUCCAGCUGUGACUGGAAUCAUGGCAGGUUCAAACCGUUCAGCAUCACUAAAGGAUACUCAACGUUCGAUUCCUGUUGGUACAUUAGCAGCAACUUUGACAACUAGCGGUUUAUAUCUAGUUUCAGUGCUAUUCUUUGGGUCCGUUGCAACUCGAGAUAAGCUUCUGACUGACAGGUUGUUGACUGCUACAAUUGCUUGGCCAUUUCCAGCAAUUGUUUAUAUCGGUAUCAUCCUUUCAACAUUGGGAGCAGCCCUUCAAAGCUUGACUGGUGCACCACGUCUCCUUGCUGCGAUUGCAAAUGAUGAUAUUCUACCAGUUCUCAACUAUUUUAAAGUGGUAGAUGGAAGUGAGCCUCAUGUGGCUACUUUCUUCACUGCCUUCAUCUGUAUUGGAUGUGUUGUAAUUGGGAAUCUGGAUCUUAUUUCACCAACUAUAACAAUGUUUUACCUCCUAUGCUAUGCUGGUGUGAACUUAUCCUGCUUCCUUCUAGAUCUGUUGGAUGCUCCCAGCUGGCGACCUCGGUGGAAAUUCCACCACUGGAGUUUCUCUCUUGUUGGAGCAUUACUUUGUAUAGUGAUCAUGUUUUUGAUUUCUUGGGCAUUCACUGUGGUAUCACUAGCCUUAGCAAGCCUCAUCUAUUAUUAUGUGAGUAUCAAGGGGAAAGCAGGAGACUGGGGUGAUGGUUUCAAGAGUGCAUAUUUUCAGCUUGCUCUUCGUAGUUUACGAUCUUUGGGAGCAAGUCAGGUACAUCCCAAAAAUUGGUACCCUAUCCCUCUCAUAUUUUGUCGUCCGUGGGGCAAGCUUCCAGAAAAUGUACCUUGCCAUCCUAAGCUUGCAGACUUUGCCAACUGUAUGAAGAAAAAAGGAAGAGGAAUGUCCAUCUUUAUUUCUAUUAUAGAUGGAGACUAUCAUGAACGUGCUGAGGAUGCCAAGACAGCUUGCAGGCAGCUAAGCACGUAUAUCGAUUACAAGCAAUGUGAAGGUGUAGCAGAAAUAGUUGUUGCUCCCAACAUGUCAGAGGGCUUUAGAGGCAUUGUUCAGACUAUGGGCCUUGGGAAUCUCAAGCCAAACAUAAUUGUUAUGCGGUACCCUGAGAUAUGGCGGCGUGAAAAUUUAACUGAAAUUCCUGCUACCUUUGUUGGAAUAAUAAAUGACUGCAUUGUUGCAAACAAGGCAGUAGUUAUUGUAAAGGGUCUCGAUGAAUGGCCUAAUGAGUAUCAAAGACAGUAUGGUACCAUUGAUUUAUACUGGAUAGUGAGAGAUGGUGGUCUUAUGCUGCUGCUCUCUCAACUGCUUCUCACAAAAGAGAGCUUUGAGGGCUGUAAGAUUCAGGUAUUCUGCAUUGCCGAGGAAGACUCUGAUGCAGAGGGACUCAAGGCUGAUGUAAAAAAGUUUCUUUAUGACCUCCGGAUGCAAGCUGAAGUGAUUGUCAUUUCCAUGAAGUCAUGGGAAGGCCAAGGGGAGCAGCAAGAAUCCAUUGAAGCAUUUAGUGCUGCUCAGUGCAGAAUAGCUAGUUAUCUGGGAGAGAUGAAAGAGAGAGCGCAGAGGGACAAGAGUCCUUUGAUGGCUGAUGGAAAGCCAGUGGUUGUCAACGAGCAACAAGUCGAGAAAUUCCUCUACACCACUUUGAAGCUGAAUUCGACAAUUCUAAAAUACUCGAGGAUGGCUGCAGUUGUGUUUGUAAGUCUACCUCCUCCUCCUGCCAAUCAUCCAGCAUUCUUCUACAUGGAAUACAUGGACCUGUUGGUUGAAAAUGUACCUAGGCUCUUGAUAGUUCGUGGAUAUCGUAGAGAUGUUGUCACUUUGUUUACAUAGUUGGUUCUGUUAAUCUUCCCUUUUACCUCCCCUCUAUUUGUUGCUUUAUUUCAAUGGUUUCAAUUCAAUUCGUUACCUUUUCUUCCUUUUUUUUCCUUCUUUUUUCUCCUCGAGGUGGGUGUACAAUAUAGUUUUUGUAAUCAUUGAUUCUUAUUAAUAGGAUAUUUGAAGAAAGAAAAUUUUGUUA